AUGGACUUCAGUGAUGGGAAUAUGUCAAAGAAGCACCGGGAACAACACCAAUCAGCUUCGGAGAGUGUAGAUCUUUUAUCUCUUUCCACUUUGCAGAUAUCCACAUCUCGAAGGUCACCACGAUCUCCAAGAUCUCCUCAUGGUAAGCAUGGGACAAGCAAGAAAAGUCCACUCAAAAAUCUGAGACAGUCACAUUCUAAAGGAGAUGGCCGUCCAAAAAAAGGUGGUUGUGGAGGAAAAGGAACAUGGGGGGGACUACUUGAUACGGAUGAUGGCCAUGUCCUUGACCCAAAUGAUCCAAAUUACAGUAGCACUGAGGAAAAUGAGCAGUCAUUUGCUACAAAAGUAAAUACAUCAUUUGAGGAGUACAAAAAGAAGGCUACCAUAAUAAUCGAGGAAUAUUUUGCCACUGAUGAUAUCACCUCAACAGCCAAUGAAUUAAGAGAACUUGGAAUGCCAAACUAUGAUUUUUAUUUUGUCAAAAAGCUCAUCUCUAUUGCAAUGGAUAGGCGUGAUAAAGAGAAAGAAAUGGCUGCUGUUCUCUUAUCCUCACUUUAUGCUGACAUUAUUGAUCCUCAACAGAUGUACAAAGGUUUCAUUAGGCUAUUGAUGGCUGCUGAUGACUUGAUUGUAGAUAUACCAGAUACAAUUGAUGUUCUUGCAUUGUUUCUAGCUCGUGCAGUAGUUGAUGAGAUACUUCCUCCUGCAUUCUUGACAAAGGCAUUUGCGUCCUUGCCUAAUGACUCAAAGGGAUGUCUUGUCAUCAAACGAGCUCAGAAGAGUUACUUGUCAGCCCCUCUGCAUACAGAUAGCAUAGGUCGGCGUUGGGCAGGAAACAAGAAUAAUACGGCUGAAGAUUUCAAAAGCAGAAUUAACAAUCUAUUGACUGAAUACGUAUCAAGUGGUGACAAGAAAGAGGCUUACAGAUGCAUCAAGGAUUUGAAUGUGCCUUUUUUUCACCAUGAGAUAGUCAAACGAGCUAUUAUAAUGGCAAUGGAAAAGCAGCAUGCUGAAAGCUACCUUCUGGACUUGCUGAAGACAGCUGCUGAAGAAGGUCUUAUUAAUUCAAGCCAAAUUUCAAAGGGAUUUGGUAGAAUCAUAGACAAUGUAGAUGACUUGUCACUCGACAUUCCGAAUGCUAAAAGGAUAUUGCAGUCAUUGAUUUCCAAGGCAGCAUCAGAAGGUUGGUUGUGUGCCUCUUCUCUGUCAGCCCUGUCGCUGCAGCCUGGAAGGCAAACAAUAGGAGAUGGUGUUGUAAAAGCUUUCAAGGUGAAGGCCCAGUCAAUAAUUCAAGAGUAUUUUCUCUCUGGUGAUAUUUCAGAAGUAAUUCACUGUCUGGAAUCAGCAAACAGCUCCUCUUCAGGAGAACUGAAUGCGAUAUUUGUCAAGAAGCUAAUUACUCUAGCCAUGGAUCGGAAAAAUAGAGAGAAAGAAAUGGCUUCUGUUUUGUUAUCGUCCUUGUGCUUUCCAGCUGAUGACAUUGUGACUGGAUUUGUGAUGUUGAUAGAAUCUGCAGAUGACACAGCCCUAGACAAUCCUGUUGUCGUUGAGGAUCUAGCACUGUUCUUGGCCCGAGCAGAGGUAGAUGAAGUCUUAGCACCACAAAACUUGGAGGAGAUUGAAAAUCAAUUUUUGGGGUCAGGCUCAAUCUGCAAUAAAGUUACUCAAAUGGCAAAGUCCUUGCUGAAGGCUCGACUUUCUGGGGAGCGGAUUUUAAGGUGCUGGGGUGGUGGAGGAAGCUGCAGAAAUGGGUGGGCAGUUGAAGAUGUCAAGGACAAAAUAGGAAAGUUGCUUGAAGAAUACGAGUCUGGAGGGGACACAAGGGAAGCUUGCAGGUGCAUUAAGGAGUUAGGGAUGCCAUUUUUUCACCACGAGGUUGUUAAGAAAUCACUGGUGAUUAUUAUGGAGAAGAAGAAUGAUAGGUUGUGGGGUCUGCUUAAAGAAUGUUUUAGCAUGGGACUAAUAACCAUGAACCAGAUGACGAAGGGGUUCAUGAGAGUGGCUGAAUCUCUUGAUGACUUAGCUUUGGAUGUACCGGAUGCUAAGAAACAGUUCAAACAUUAUUUUGAUCAGGCAAUGGUUGAAGGAUGGCUUGAUUCAUCAUUUGGUUUAUAUCGAUCAGAACAAUCUUUGGAGAAUGGAUUUUGUUAGUGCUAUGAACUUAUCUUUGAUCUUAGUUAAUUAAAGGAAUUCAUAUGUGUAAGAGACUGCCCCACUCUCACUGAUUCUCAGC